AUGGUUGUCAUACGCGAGGAAAGACAUAAAGCGAACAAUAUUCCAAGCUGUAAUUUGCUGGCCAUCAAGUCUCCAUCUGAAUUGGCACGAUGCAAGAGAGUGGAGAGGCUGAAGAAUGCUGACACAAUACUCACACACCCACCCACGCCCUCUCCCGCCCACAGACGAGUGCUGGCGGCGGCUGUGAAGGCGGGAAAGGUGGGACAGUUCCUGUGGGUGGGGAGCGACUCGUGGGGCGCCAAGAUCCACCCCGUCAGAGACCAGGAGGAAGCUGCCCUCGGAGCUAUCACCAUCCUGCCGCAGAGGUCCUCUUUGCAAGGUUUCGACCGGUACCUGCGGGCGCUGCGGCCGCGGGAGAGAGGGAAGCCCUGCUCCCUGACGGGGCCCGGAGACGACCAGGAGAGGAACUGCCGCAACGUCUGGUUUAAGGAGUUCUGGACACAACAUUUCAAUUGCACCUUCAGGAACCCGCUGCCCCCGGGGCGCCGGGCCUGCACGGGCAAGGAGACCAUCACCCACGAGCAGGAAGGACUGGUGCCCUUCGUCGUGGACGCAGUGUAUGCACUGGCCUGGGCUUUCCACAAUCUCCUUCAAGAUAAGUGCGGAGACCUGACCCUAUGUGAGGCCGCCCUGCCCUCCCCGUCAGGCCAGGAGAUGCUACACUACAUCAGAAACGUCUCCUUUAUCGGCCAGCAGAUGCUACGAUACAUCAGAAUCGUCAAGUUUAUCGGUCAGCAGGGACGAGAGGUCAAGUUCAACGCCGACGGAGACGCGCCGGGUAGUUACUUCAUCUACCAGUACCAGCAAGUGACAGAGACAGCCUACGACUACGUCCUGAUUGGCUCCUGGACUGAGAGGUGA